GCUGAUCAAAAGAAAAAGGGCUUUUCAUCAGUUAGAUGCUGGCGAGGAGAGAAGGGGCUUUUCAUCAGUUAGAUGCUGGUGAGGAGAGAAAGGGCUUUACCUCAGUUAGAUGCUGGUGAGGAGAGAAAGGGCUUUACCUCAGUUAGAUGCUGGUGAGGAGAGAAAGGGCUUUACCUCAGUUAGAUGCUGGUGAGGAGAGAAGGGCUUUACCUCAGUUAGAUGCUGAUCAAGAAAAAAAGGGCUUUAUCGCAGUUUUAUGCUGGUGAGGAGAGAAGGGGCUUUACCUCAGUUAGAUGCUGAUCAAGAAAAAAAGGGCUUUAUCGCAGUUUUAUGCUGGUGAGGAGAGAAGGGGCUUUACCUCAGUUUUAUGCUGGUGAGGAGAGAAGGGGCUUUACCUCAGUUUUAUGCUGGUGAGGAGAGAAGGGGCUUUACCAAAGACAGUACAGUAUAAGGUUCAGUUACUCUGUGGCUUUACCUCAGAAUGUGUCGGAAAUAUGAGUGCUGCUAGUGCUAACGAGAACGUUGAUUUGGUGCCAAAGAAAAGCGCAUCUUUAGUGAUAUUGCAGUAUUUCGGCACAUCUUCAGUGGUAUGGCAGUAUAUUAAGUGGUAUGGCAGUAUAUUAAGUGGUAUGGCAGUAUAUUCAGUGGUAUGGCAGUAUAUUCAGUGGUAUGGCAGUAUAUUCAGUGGUAUGGCAGUAUUUCAGCACAUAUUCAGUGGUAUGGCAGUAUAUUCAGUGGUAUGGCAGUAUUUCAGCACAUCUUCAGUGGUAUGGCAGUAUAUUCAGUGGUAUGGCAGUAUUUCAGCACAUCUUCAGUGGUAUGGCAGUAUAUUCAGUGGUAUGGCAGUAUUUCAGCACAUCUUCAGUGGUAUGGCAGUAUAUUCAGUGGUAUGGCAGUAUUUCAGCACAUCUUCAGUGGUAUGGCAGUAUUUCAGCACAUCUUCAGUGGUAUGGCAGUAUAUUCAGUGGUAUGGCAGUAUAUUCAGUGGUAUGGCAGUAUAUUCAGUGGUAUGGUAAUAUUUCAGCACAUCUUCGGUGGUAUGGCAGUAUAUUCAGUGGUAUGGCAGUAUAUUCAGUGGUAUGGCAGUAUAUUCAGUGGCAUGGCAGUAUUUCAGCGCAUCUUCGGUGGUAUGGCAGUAUAUUCAGUGGUAUGGCAGUAUAUUCAGUGGUAUGGCAGUAUAUUCAGUGGUAUGGCAAUAUUUCAGCACAUCUUCGGUGGUAUGGCAGUAUAUUCAGUGGUAUGGCAGUAUAUUCAGUGGCAUGGCAGUAUAUUCAGUGGCAUGGCAGUAUAUUCAGUGGCAUGGCAGUAUUUCAGUGCAUCUUCGGUGGUAUGGCAGUAUAUUCAGUGGUAUGGCAGUAUUUCAACACAUCUUCAGGGGUAUGGCAGUAUAUUCAGUGGUAUGGCAGUAUAUUCAGUGGCAUGGCAGUAUUUCAGCACAUCUUCAGGGGUAUGGCAGUAUUUCAGCACAUCUUCGGUGGUAUGGCAGUAUAUUCAGUGGUAUGGUAGUAUUUCAGCACAUCUUCAGGGGUAUGGCAGUAUUUCAGCACAUCUUCGGUGGUAUGGCAGUAUAUUCAGUGGUAUGGCAGUAUAUUCAGUGGCAUGGCAGUAUUUCAGCACAUCUUCAGGGGUAUGGCAGUAUUUCAGCACAUCUUCGGUGGUAUGGCAGUAUAUUCAGUGGUAUGGCAGUAUAUUCAGUGGUAUGGCAGUAUUUCAGCACAUCUUCAGGGGUAUGGCAGUAUUUCAGCACAUCUUCAGGGGUAUGGCAGUAUAUUCAGUGGUAUGGCAGUAUAUUCAGUGGUAUGGCAGUAUUUCAGCACAUCUUCAGUGGUAUGGCAGUAUUUCAGCACAUCUUCAGGGGUAUGGCAGUAUAUUCAGUGGUAUGGCAGUAUAUUCAGUGGUAUGGCAGUAUUUCAGCACAUCUUCAGGGGUAUGGCAGUAUUUCAGCACAUCUUCAGGGGUAUGGCAGUAUAUUCAGUGGUAUGGCAGUAUAUUCAGUGGUAUGGCAGUAUUUCAGCACAUCUUCAGGGGUAUGGCAGUAUUUCAGCACAUCUUCGGUGGUAUGGCAGUAUAUUCAGUGGUAUGGCAGUAUUUCAGCACAUCUUCAGGGGUAUGGCAGUAUUUCAGCUACAGGCAAACAGAUAUCAACCAAAUGCAAGUGUUGUGAAAAAGGUGCCUCAGAGUUGUGGUAACAACAAGAGGCAACACAACACAUUUAUUCAAUCAAUCGAAGAAUGAACACCCCCUACUUUACGGACGCUUGGGUUCAACCAGCCACCUACGUUAAACAGGCGUUGAUUGCCAAUGUGUUUUCAAGUGUAACGCCAUACAAAAAUAAAAAACCCACAGACGUUAUCACCUAUCACGUAGGCAGUCAUUGUAAAUAAAAAUGUGUUCUUAAACUGACUUGCCAAGUUAAAUACACGUUCAAUAAAAUAAAUAAAUAAAAUAAAAUUAAUUAACAUAGCCAUAGACAUGGUUCCUAUUUACACAGUCAGCAAAGACGGCUUCAAGAUGAUAAACUAGCUGGACAGGAGAUGCAAGAUUCCAUCUCGCACAUAUUUCUCCCAAGAUGCCAUUCCAACACUAUAACACAAUAAGCGUGAGGAUGAAACAUGGCGCGUUGAAUGACUGGACCAGACUUUCAAUGUUUUUGGACACGGACUUGCACCUUAAAAUCAGGAGUCCUUCCCAGGCCCCUGCUGUGAUGAACCCACCCCUCUGACACUACCUUCCAUCGCCCCUCCCUCCAGCCACGGACCCCCGAAGGAGACCCGUGGAGGAUGUUCUGGAGGAGUUAAACUACGCAUCAAGAACAGACGCAGCGAGCCCGUCUCCAGACCACACUCGUGGCACUCCACCAAACUAGGCGAGGGCCAGCCAGACCCCAGCAUGGCGCAGAUAUCCCAGGGCACCAUAGACCCUCCCUGGCAUCACACAUUCAACUCCAGUGCGUCCACUACAGACCUGUCAGGUUACGACCCAGGUUACCUGAGGAAGAGUCCAGACCAGUACAGUUCUAGAGGAAGUAUGGAGAGCCUUGGGGAGCACCACGGCCACCCAGCCUACAGUUCUUCCUGCCACCAGCUGUCUGCCUCCAAGUCCUCCAACAGCAUGGACCACCUUCACAGCAAAAGGGACUCAGCCUACUCCUCCUUCUCUACCAGCUCUAGUAUCCCAGAGUACCUAGCGGCCGCUCCGACCUUUAGUAAGGAGAGGUCAUACUCCAUGGAGACGGUUCCACAGAGGGGUGGGGUUAGCGGAGGAGGGGGAGGGGCCGUGGCGGAGGGCAUGCAGCAUGCUGACAUCCGAUACAUCCGUACGGUCUACGACCCCCAGCAGGGAGGUGCCCAAGAGCACGAGGUCAGCUCCACUGCAUUGCUACGCAACCACGAGGCCGGCGGAGCGGGUUCUCAUAGUGGGGGCAAGGCCUCCUGUCACCGCGGCAGUAGUAGCUGUAGUAACAGCAGUAGAGGAAGCAACGGCGGUAAUAACCCCAAACGACACAGCGUUGGGCCAAUCUGGGGUCAGUCUCAAUCCGCCAGCCGCAGUUCCUAUGAAAGCCUGAAGGGGGCGCCGGCUCCUCCCAUGCGGAGUGACAGCUACGCGGCGAUCAGGCACCACGAGAGGCCCAAUUCCUGGUCCAGCCUGGAGCAGACUCGCUCCCUCAGGGCUCUCCACAAGGGGUCCACCUUCUCCUGGUACCACUCCUCUGGCUCCGUGGCCUCCGGCUCGGGCAAGGGCUCCUACGGGGCCGAGGGCCAGCUCCACACCGUCAUAGAGAAGAGUCCUGAGAGCAGCCCCACCAUCAAGCCCAAACAGGGCGUGGGUCAAGUCCCCCAGCCCCCUCAGCCCCAGAAUACAUCUGGCCGCCUCAUGUCGCCCCAGGGCAUCUACCCCGUGCCCCCUCCGGAGACCCACUAUGCACAGAUGCCCACCAGCAGCCCCAGCCCCAGCCCCAGCAGUGUCUACCCAGGCCUGGCCAGGGAGAGCAGUCUGAGCAGACAGAGAGAGCUCCAGGGGUUAGGAGUGGGGGUCAGUGUGGAUACAGGGAUUGAGGUAUCUGUAGAGAACGGAUACCAAAGCAACACUUUCAACUCUUAUGUCACCUGUUCCAACCAGCCUCAGCAUCAUGACUUAGCUCCGCCUCCAACCAAACAGCCAGCCCAGCCUGUUAACAGAGGGGGUGACAGAGGACAUGAGGAGACCCAAACCAAACUGGGUCUCUCCGGGUCUCAUUUGAAGGGGGAGGGACAAACCGUCUCCCGAAGGCAGAGCCAGCAGGGUCAUGGACAGGUUCAGGUGUACAGACCCUCCUCAGCCCAGUCCAUAGGCCAGGAGAGGAGGGACCCAUACACUCCAGUCCAGCCGCGGAGAGAGAGGCUACCCAGGUAUUCCCAGGGCUCAGAGAGUUACACUGAGAAGCAUCAGGUCAGACACACUGAACACAGCCAUCCAGACCCUCAGCCUCCCACUACCAUGCCCACUAAGAUAUCCAAGGUCCACGUUCCUCAGCGGAUCAGGACUAGCAGUACCCCAGCCAAAGGGCCUGAUCAUCGAGUCAACAACCAGAGGUCCAGGUCCCCCAUCCGGCACUACAGCGAACCCAGUCCACCCCACCACCAGAAGAACCAGAGGGGACCAGAGCACCCCCUGACCCGGCUAGAGAAUGCCCUAGUGGAGGUUCAGCGUUGUGCCAGUCCAGAGAGCUCCACUAGGAGUCGGAGCAGCCACCAGAGGAACCCGUCUGUCCUGGAGAAGGUAAACCGGUUCGAGCGCCACGAGCAGAGGAAGCAGAGGAGUCAAAGCAUCAAUGCCACCCACACCAACCUGGGACCCUCCUCCUCCUCCCGUCCAACUCAGCCCCAGCCUCAGCCCAAGCACCAUGAGAGGGCCAUGAGCUAUGGUACUGGUAUGGAUGACCUGCGUAACAUGCUGGAGAGAAGCAGCAGCCCCAGCAGCACCUGCAGAACACUGAGCUCCUCCUCUAGCGCACAUCAUGGGAAAACUACGGUGGCCCACAAGGGUCAUCAUUACGCAGAGCAGCAGAGGCCAGGAAGUUGUGAUCAAGCCAAGCCCCAGACCUUCAGGGACCCCCACCACCAGCCUAACCCCAUGGACCCUAACCCUGGCUCGGCCCUACAGAGGAGCAGGAGCAGCUUCCAACUGGGGAGCCAGGAGGAGAACGGCCAUGACAAGGACAGAGAGUUCCAUUGGAGGGAUGACCUGCAGGACCUACUGGGGACCAUCCAGGACACGUCCUUUAACCGGGCCUACAGGGACAGUAUCAAGGACGCCCAGUCCAAGGUGCUCCGAUCCACCUCCUUCAGACGCAGGGACCUGGGAAUCAGCUCCAGCUCUAACCAGAGCUCCAACAACCCCCCUCCUGGUGUCAACAACAACGCCCCUCCUGGUGUCAACAACAACGCCCCUCCUGGUGUCAACAACAACGCCCCUCCUGGUGUCAACAACAAUCCCCCUCCUGUCCCCGCUAAGCACUUAUCCUUGGAGCGGAAGGCAGUGGCCCCCAAGACCGGUCCCAAAUCCUCCAUUGUCACCACCACUGUCCCAGCCUCCGCCCCAGCCACUCGCCUGUCCCCUCACACCCCCAAAGAGAGGCACACGAUCACGACCCCAGACCCAGUCCCAGCCCCAACCACCUCUCCCUCCCCUCACACCCCCAAAGAGAGGCACACGAUCACCACCCCAGACCCAGUCCCAGCCCCAACCACCUCUCCCUCCCCUCACACCCCCAAAGAGAGGCACCUUGUCACCCCCAAGCCCGAGAGGUUCAGCCCCCCAGAGCUCCCCAGUGUCCCAGCCUUGGGCCCACCAGUCCCGGCCCGAAUCGGUGGGCGUAAGAGGCUCACCAUGGAGCAGAAGAAGAGAUCGUACUCUGAGCCAGAGAGCAUGCACGAGGUGGGGUUAGAGUCUGACCCGAGGAGGAGUGCCCAGCACCAGCAGAUCCUGUUCCAAGGCACAGAGACCAGCGUGGCAGACCGCAGGAGGAUGUUUGAGGUGGCAACCAGUCGCAGCCUGAGCUCCAGCUCCCAGGCUCCUCAGGCCCUCCAGGGCUCCCGGGCUGGUCUAGCCUUCUCCCGGCCGGAGCUCUGGCAGCUGCAGCAGGACGCCCUGGCCGACUACAUGGAGAGGAAGAGAGGCUGGAGGACAGACAGGGACAGGGACAGGUCCGAGGAGAGACGGCAUCGUCACCGGCCCCACAGUGCCUACCUCCAGCCCUUCACAGACACCCAGAGUGUCUCUUCCACCUCCACCACCAGCCUAGCCUCUCUCCAGGAUCUGUUUGGCCCAGAAAGGAGCCUGUCUGGUGAGGAAAGGCUCUGCUCCACCCUGCCUCCCGGUCUGCAGCUCCAGGACAGUAUCCACCCAGACAGGGUGACCACACCACACAUCCAUACCCAGGCCCCCACCUCAGUCUCCAACUCCCACCAAUACCCCACUGGAUCCAACAGGCCUCUGGAGGGAGUCCCAGCCAAGGCCUACGAGGCUUUCCGGAGCCAGCGAGGCGAUGUGGCCUUUGAAAGAACGGCUCCAGCCCGCAGCUCUGGGAAGUCCGCCUCGGCGGAGGAUCUUCUAGAACACUCUGAGGAGAGGCCACAGCACUUCAGAUCCCACUCCUCGCCCUCUGUAGAGAGGCUCGACCAGGACUUCAUGACAGGAGGAGAUCUGAGGAUGUUUCCGGACUUCUCUAAUGAACCCCAGCUGUUCACACACCAUGACAACAACAGGUCCAUGAACAAGCAGAGUUCAAAGCGUCCUGUCUCAGCCUCCCAGUCCCAGUAUGUACCCACCCACUACCUGCUGAAUCAGGGUCCUUCCCAAAGCAACACCCCUGUGAUGAGGAGAGAGAGGCAGAGGAACCCCGACCGCCAGCGGGCUCUUAGUGCCUCCGGCCUGGCUGCCUCUGUAGGUCUACCCUGCCCCUUCUCCUCCCCAGGCACCAGCCCCAACACUAGCCUUGACUGGCAGGUCAGCGAGAGGUUAAGCCAGGGAAACCUGGAUGCCAUCGCCUUCCCCUGCCUGUUGCAGGUUGACGCUCCCAGAGCCGUGUCCCCAGAGACCAGGCGGAACCCCACAGCACAUCAGGGCCAGAACCAAGAUCUGCAGACCAGGACCAGACUGGGCUCAUCAGACACCAGCACCUCAGAGGAGACCCUGAAAGACUUCCCCAUAGAGAGUUCCGUACCAAAGAACAUCCUACCCCUGGCCAUACCUGAGACCUCUCUAACCCCACCUCCUCCUAAAACCUCUCCCAGACCACACCCCCUGCUCUCCCUCCGCAUCUCAGAGUCCAACCUGCAGGAGACCCCGCCCUUACACAUAGCCCCGCCCACACAGGUAGUCCCUCCAAUAGUCUCCUUACAGGACUAUGACGAGGUGUUCCUCCAGGAGCUGGCCCCUCCCUCCCCUCCUCCUCCCCCGCUCCCCAUCAGGGAGACGGACAUCACAGAGGACUUCCCACCUCCUCCUCCCCUCCUCCUCCUCCCCUCCUCCUCCUCCUCACCCCCAGACAAAGAGGAGCAUCGUCCUGAGCUACAGCACUUCAACAGCUGUGAGUUCCUGGAGGCUGUGUGUCCAGAGAGAAGACCAUCUAUCUCCUCCCCUUCCCCUCAGACAGUCCCCCCCUCUAUCCCCCAGCCUGAGACUCCGAUCCACCAGACCCCCAUCGACCCCAGCAACAGUAUCCCAGAUCCCCAGCAGGGGCCUAGCGGUGAGGAAAGCCUGGGGUUAGAGUACCAUCUCCUGGCCAGGAGGGAGAGGUCUGCUGGGGAGCUGAAGGUGGAAGCCCUGGUCAGACAGCUGGUGUCCCGGGGGGAUAAGACCCUGAGCCCGAUGCUGGACACCUGGCCCGGGGGCGGACGGACCAGCACCAUGGACCUGAUGGAGGAGAUCUUCCCCGCUGGGGGAGGGAGGUUGCCGUGGCAACGCCGUAGGAGCAGCACCUGGCUGGAGGACAGAAGUCAAGAUGGCGUCUGUUCUACAGGACCUAGUCUGCUGCAGAAAACAGAGGCGGGAAGAGGAGUAGAUCUGGAUGAGGAAGAGGCAGACCUCAAUCAGAAAAAGGUGGAGCUACUCCAGGCUCUGACCCUUAGCGUUGCCUCACUCCGAGAGGAGAGAGAGGUUCUGGGUGAGGAGCAGAGGAGGUUCCGGGCCCUAGGGGGCCACAUGGAGAGCCUGGUCCAGGAGCGCUGUAAGCCCAACGAGAAGGAGAAGUACAGGAUGUUCAUCGGGGACCUCGAUAAGAUAGUCAACUUAUUAAUGUCUCUGUGUGGCCGGCUGGCCCGGGUCCAUAACGCUCUCUACGACCUGGACAGAGAGGAGGAGACAGAGGACAGCGCAGAGGAAAGGGAGUCCUUACAGCAGAAGCGCAGGCAGCUGUGUAGUCAGCACGAGGAUGCCAGGGAGCUGAAGGAGAAUCUGGAUCGUCGGGAGCGUGUGGUUCUGGACAUCCUGGGUGGGUACCUGACCGGGCCGCAGCUAAGAGACUACCAGCAUUACGUCUGUAUGAAACCUGCCCUCCUGAUCCGACAGAGACACCUGGACGAGCUCAUCAAGCAGGGGGACGAGCAGCUCGACAGGCUGAUAGAGAGUAUCUCUCCUGGGGACCACCAGGCCUUGCUCUGCCGCUCCUCCAACCCAGGGUUAGGCCCCAGGGGUCCCAGUCCUACCCGUAGUGUCCGCUCCAUCACUGUAACAUCCCUGUGACUCCUGUAAAACCCCAACCAUAACAGUCCUGGUCACUACCACAAUACUCCAGCUGUGUCUCUGGCGCAAUGGGUGAAGACUACUGCAUACAACACCACAUGACUGGCGAAUGACACUACAAAACAACAGAGGAAGUCGAGACGGACACAGCAUCUCUCUUCCCAUGUAGAGAUGAACUGUAGAGAAAGGGACAUCCUUCAUGUGAAGGAUGUCACCUGUCUGUUCCCUUGUUUAUGCGUACAGACAGACAAACUAUGAGAAGUGACCAUGAUGGAUAUGUCGUCGUGCCUCUUAUCAUAUUUCUGCCUUCUUUGUUACUCCGGCUUCUUCACAUAUCUCUGUUGUGACUACGCCACUCUUUGGUUGAUUCAAUGCACGGUUCAAGUGCCUAGUAGUGUAAUUCAUACGAACAGAUUGACAGUUUUGAGUGUAACGGUAGUGGAUGUACAACUGCCUGUCAAGACAUUUUAUUCACAGUAUAUAUACUGUGAAUAUAUAUAUAUAUAUAUAUAUAUAUAUCAGUUGAAAUAUUACUACUGCCUUUACACAUCACUACAGCUGAGAACUUUGUUUUGGCAGAUUAACUACUGAUUGGUCAGAAUCACAGAUCUAGAAUGACUUGUAUAUCUCAUUCUGUUCCUAUUGGUCAGGAGGAACCAGACCUGAAAUAGGCCUGUUUUCUUUAGCAAACACAACAGCACGCUCUGACACACAUGAAUAUGUAGCCACAAUCUAAGGCUUUUUUUCAUUUUAUUUUUUUAAACUUCAAAUACUUAUAUUUCAGACUCAAAAAUGAUCGCUAAUGGGAAAAAAAGGUACCAUGACACUGACAGCAAAUGCAAUAAUUAUUUAUAUUAUAAAAAGGAAAUGGUAUGUAUUAUGUACGUGGCUGUGCUUUUUAAUAUGUAGAUGGAGGAGAAAAAACAAACAUGUUAUAUAUAUUUUUUCAACUGAAAAAAUGAUGGAAUGAGGCAAGUUGACAGUGGGCGUUCUAACUGACCUCUGGUCACAUGGUCUUCCUCUGAUACAAGGCGGCGUCCUUCAUGAUGACGAGGCUUCCAGGAAGUAAUCAGAUGUUACUCGGGAAUGUUGUUGCCCAGUAAGUACAUGCAUACUGUGGGCGGAGCUAUCUCAUUGGGCCGUGGUAUCACUUCGUAGGGAUAUCUGGGUAAAAAAAAUAGAGGAGGUUGAAAUAGUGUAGGUUGGUACUGUCAGUUCAUGUGUGACAUGCCUACUAUUUAAACAUCGUCUGACGACUCCUGUGUGACUUGCUUGUUUCACUUCUCAAAAAAAGUACUAUGCCAAUUGAUAUUGUUGUAUCCUUUUGAGAGCACCUUUUAAACAUUUACAGACUAUCCUAAUUUAUCCUAAUCAGGCACAUAUUCAUGAAUAUACUGUAUCAGGCACA